GCCGAGACAGCGGCAAACAGGAUUUGCAAAGUGUUGGCCGUCAACCAAGAGAAUGAGCACCUGAUGGAAGAUUACGAGAAGCUGGCUUCUGAUCUUCUGGAAUGGAUUCAGCGCACCAUCCCUUGGCUGGAGGACCGGGUGCCUCAGAAGACCAUGCAAGAGAUGCAGCAGAAGCUGGAGGACUUCCGGGACUACCGCCGUGUGCACAAACCUCCCCGUGUCCAGGAGAAAUGCCAGCUGGAGAUCAACUUCAACACCUUGCAGACCAAACUGCGACUCAGCAACCGGCCGGCUUUCAUGCCCUCCGAAGGAAGGAUGGUGUCGGAUAUCAACAACGGCUGGCAGCGCUUGGAGCAGGCGGAGAAAGGUUUCGAAGAGUGGCAGCUGAACGAAAUCCGGAGGCUGGAAAGAUUGGAUCAUCUGGCUCUGAAGUUCCGGCAGAAGGCCUCCAUCCACGAAGCCUGGACCGAAGGGAAGGAAGAAAUGCUGUCCCAGAAGGACUACGAAUCAGCUACACUCUAUGAGAUCCGGGCACUGAUGCGCAAGCACGAGGCCUUUGAGAGCGACCUGGCCGCCCACCAGGACCGCGUGGAGCAGAUAGCGGCCAUCGCUCAGGAGCUCAACGAGCUGGAUUAUUACGACUCCCCCAGUGUCAACGCCCGGUGCCAAAAGAUCUGUGACCAGUGGGACUCCCUAGGGUCCUUGACCCACACGCGGAGGGAAGCGCUGGAGAAAACGGAGAAGCAGUUGGAGACCAUCGACCAGCUCCAUCUGGAAUACGCCAAGCGAGCCGCGCCCUUCAACAACUGGAUGGAAAGUGCAAUGGAGGACCUCCAGGAUAUGUUCAUCGUCCAUACCAUAGAGGAGAUAGAGGGCUUGAUUGCUGCCCACGAUCAGUUCAAAUCCACGCUGCCCGACGCCGACAGAGAACGAGAGGCCAUCUUGGGCAUCCAGAGCGAAGCGCAGAAGAUCGCAGACUACAACAACAUCAAACUCUCCGGGAACAAUCCGUAUACUUCGGUCACGCCUCAGAUCAUCAACGCCAAGUGGGAAAGGGUCCAGCAAUUGGUACCCAAGAGGGACAGCGCCCUUCAGGAUGAGCAGAGCAAACAGCAGUCGAAUGAACGUUUGCGCCGACAGUUCGCCAGCCAGGCCAACAUCGUGGGGCCCUGGAUCCAGACCAAGAUGGAGGAGAUUGGGCGCAUCUCCAUUGAGAUGAACGGCACCCUGGAAGACCAGCUGAACCACCUCAAGCAAUACGAGCUGAACAUUGUCGAGUACAAGCCCAACAUUGAUGUCUUGGAGCAGCAGCACCAGCUCAUCCAGGAGGCCCUGAUCUUCGACAACAAGCACACCAACUACACCAUGGAGCACAUCCGGGUUGGAUGGGAACAGCUCCUCACCACCAUCGCCCGGACCAUCAACGAGGUGGAGAAUCAAAUCCUGACCCGAGACGCCAAAGGGAUCAGCCAGGAGCAGAUGCAAGAAUUCCGGGCCUCCUUCAAUCAUUUUGACAAGGACCACGGCGGCUCCCUGGGACCCGAAGAGUUCAAGGCCUGUCUCAUCAGCUUGGGAUACGAUGUGGAGAAUGACCGACAGGGCGACGCAGAGUUCAACCGGAUCAUGAGCGUUGUGGACCCCAACAACAGUGGCGUGGUGACUUUCCAAGCCUUCAUCGACUUCAUGUCCCGGGAAACAACCGACACAGACACGGCUGAUCAGGUCAUUGCUUCCUUCAAAGUUCUGGCUGGAGACAAGAACUACAUCACAGCAGAGGAACUGCGGCGAGAGCUCCCUCCAGACCAGGCAGAAUACUGCAUUGCCCGGAUGGCACCUUACCAGGGUCCCGACACCAUUCCCGGAGCCCUCGACUACAAAUCCUUCUCCACGGCGCUGUACGGCGAGAGCGACCUGUGAGAGGAUGGCGGCAACGGUGGCGGCAAGCGCUGGCACUUCUUAGGAAGGGAGGAGGGGAACGCCCAUCCCGUUUCCUUCCACACCGUAUCUUCGUUUUCUCUCUCUUUUCUCUUUGCCUCUUCCUCUCACUCGCACACAACCACGGGACUACACUUCUUUCCCCCACCCCCACCCACCCCGCUAUCUUUUCACUGAAGACGAGAAGCUGCCUCCUCAUUCUUUCUUUUUCUAUUUU